AUGUCGUCCUACCCGCCCACGACGCCAGUCUACCCCCCGUACGUCUGGGGCGGGCCGCCGCUUCCAACCCUCGUCAAGAGCACAAUCGACCACACGGCAUUCCUGCACAUCAUCGACUCCAUCGUCGAGCAUGCCGACCGCCGAUCCCUGCUCGCCCUGCGCGCGACGUCGCGCGAGUUCCGCGCCCGCGCCGACAAGCGGCUCUUCUCCACCGCACUCAUGCGCCGCGUGACCUGCACACACCUCGAGCCUGUGAUUCAGAUCUACUCGGGCGACGGAUGGAGGCUGCCGCACAUGAUUGCGCCUUACAACGUGUACACCCAGUACAACCCGUUGUCCGCCUGGGCGCGUAAGGAAGACGCGCGAGUGGACGGCCAUGUCGCCAACACCAAGGUACUCGAGUAUGACACGACGGCCAUGCCCACCAAUGCGGUGGCCAAGUUCUUCCCCAACCUCGACAUUGUGCGCAUCCAGUGCCACGCCACAGCGAAUACCGCGAUCGACAGCCGGCUGCUCCCUCCCAUCUACGAGUUCUUGGCACCGACCGUCGUCGUCAUGGGCCAGGUCUGCCCACCCGUCGAGCGCAACCCGUCAGGCCUGUUUGAGGUUUCGAGCCGUGUACCGCCCCAAGUCACCACGGUGGUGCUCCACCCGACCGCCGACACGCACGGGGAGCUGCUGAUCAAUUCGUUCGAUUGGAACAACGUCACCAAGCUCGUCAUCGUCUUCACCUCACUGGCAGAACUGGUCUGUCCGUUGGCGGCCGUCGCCGACGGCUCGGCGAGCAACAUUGCCAACGCUGUCGCGAUGAUCGAGUCGGCGCGCGCCGGAGGCCGCGAGAUCGAUGUCACGGUCGUCGACCUCGAGGAAGCACUGCGGCGACUCCUAUCGUUGGGAUUUGCAGUCACCUACCAGCGCAACCUCGAGUACGGCGUGCUCAUGACCAAGGCCCUCACGCUGGACCAACUCCUCGACCCGACGGAGUGGGGCUGGACCGCCCGCUUUUUGAGGGCGGCCCUUUGCCUCCUUGCGGGAUUCAUCGGCCGAGAGGAGAUCAAGCUCGUGUCGGCUGAGCAGUACGCCGCUUCCAUGUCGCAUGAGGAGGCCAAGGGGCACCUACAGUGGACCUGGGCACCGCGCUUCGACUGCAACUGCCAUAGCAAGGGGGCGUGA